AAGGAGGAAGCCCACGCAGCCAGUUCCCCCUCCUUUCUGCAGUACAGAUCCUGUGCCAUAUGUCUGAAUACGGACAGAUAAGUGGGGAGGGGGGCGUGGAACUGCUGUUCCGUGUUAUGUGCGAAUGCGGCCACUGUUUAGCCCGGCUUAUUGGCUUUGUCAUUGCUCCAUUAUCAGAGCCCUGCCUACCCAAGAUGAAGUUCACUGGCAUCACGUUCCUGCUUCUUCUGUCGGCCGCCGUCUCCUCUUGUUCCAACAUGGAAACACAGAGUAGUCCUGGUAGAGAGGAUCCCUUCCAUUAUGACUGGCAUUCACUCCGUGUUGGUGGCUUGGUCUUUGCGGGUGUCCUCUGUGUGCUGGGAAUCAUCGUUCUGCUGAGUGGAAAGUGCAAAUGCAAAUUCAACAAGAAAAACAGUCCUCCCCCGGUCAGUGUGGCUCCAAAGAAGCUCCCUCAAGACUGCACUGACUGCUGAGGGAAGAAGAUGGCUGUUCUUGCUAAGAUCCCAGCCCUGCCUCUAGACCAUGAAAUGGUUUCCUUUAGUCAGUGACUAGAGGCAUGAUUUUUUCUCCCCAUCUUGGAGCACUCACAUCUGUGUCCUGAUUUUUUAAAAAUGUGUUUAUGUGUAAUAAAAGUUGCUGCUUUUAAGAAGUGAA